UCUUAACAUCCCUCUCUCUCCCUCUCCCUCUCUCAUUCAGUUUCAUCUCUCCCUUUAAAUUCUUCCCUCUCUCCAUCUCAGAUACUUUCAGUCCCUGCAAAUUCUUCUCCCAGCAUUACAUGAGAACCGGAACGGGAAGCCAUGGGCAAGAAGAGAGCUUCUCUGCCCAUACGCCAGUUACUAGUGCUCCGCUCGAAGCUGGUUUUCUCUAUGUUUCUCCUGUUCUGCGUCUUCGCCUUUGCAAGGCUCAACUGGCCCAAAUCAGGAUCAAGCACCAACGAAUCAAGCAAUGAGGAAAAAUCAAAACUUGAGACUAACCCAAAAAUUGCUUUCCUGUUUCUUGCCCGUAAAAAUAUUCCUUUGGACUUCAUGUGGGGUGCUUUCUUCCAGGAGGCUAAUGUGAAGAAUUUCUCGAUUUAUAUUCAUUCAGAACCUGGGUUUGUGUUUAAUGAGUCCACUUCUAUGUCCCCUUUCUUUUACGGAUGCCAGUUAAACGAUAGUGUUAAGGUAGCCUGGGGAGGAUCAAGCAUGAUAGAAGCAGAGAGGUUGUUGCUUAAAGUAGCUCUUCGCGAUCCUGCUAAUCAGAGAUUUGUUCUCCUUUCUGAUAGCUGCUUGCCGCUGUACGAAUUCCACGACAUUUAUAAGCAUCUGAUUUCUUCUCCAACAAGUUACGUGGAAAGCUAUUUUGAUUUUGAGGAUUAUCGCUAUGAUCCAAUAAUGUUAUUUGCCAUACCAAAGGACAAAUGGCGGAAAGGAUCUCAGUGGUUCACUUUAAUCAGAAGACAUGCCCAAAUUGUUGCAGAUGACGAUGUUGUUUUCCCCAUCAUCAAGAAAUCUUGCAAGAGACAGUCAAAUGCAAGUGUGAGUGCAAGAAGACAGAUGCUUGAUAUUCAUAAGAUGCAGGACUGUAACCCGGACGAACAUUAUCUGCAGACAUUGCUGGCAGUGAGUGGGCUCGAAAAUGACUUCUCCCGAAGAUCAUUGACCUUCACUCUGUAUGAUCAAUCAGCUACACAAAACGAUAAACAGUGGCACCCUGUCACUUUCGAUUAUGCAGAUGCAAGCCCUCAAAGUAUCAAAGAAAUAAAGGAGAUCGAGGCAAUCUACUAUGAAUCCGAGAAUCGGACUGAGUGGUGUCAAAUCAACAGCGCACCCUCUCCAUGUUAUCUAUUCGCCAGGAAGUUCACGCGCGGAGCAGCUGUCCGCCUGCUGUCCGAGGGACUGCUGGGCCCGUUCGAUCCCGUUCCGUUUCUAAAUGCUACCGGGCGAUUCUUUCCGGUUAAACAUAGAGAAACAGAUGCAACAUAGAGAGCCUUGCGAAUUGGAGGACAUGUUCAUGGAUAACCUUUGAAAGUUGCAUUCUACUUGGUAUGAAAAUUGCCCGUCUUCACAGUUCGGAAACUCCGACCGCCUGUGCCGUCAUCAUUCCAUGCUCAAUGUGCUCUUCCUAGCUUCUUGAAUCUCAGUACGUCCAUGCCCCCCCGCAAAGCAGUUCGUUUCUGAAUUCUACACUUCCGCUCCGUCUCUCAAAUGCACAACCAAGACAUUCGCUCUCGCGGCGCCGCCCUCGUGUAGAAAAGAUUGGUAGAACAAGUACCUCGAUGCAGGAUCUAGUCUCGUGAACUGUGUGCGCGUUUUCGACAUUAUCAGCAACUUCAAAAGAACAAGCUUUAUUAUUCCUUUAUAAUUUUAUAUCCAAUGAGAAUUUGUACUUUGUCGACGCGCACCUAUAGUUAGUCUCGAAUCUUUGUACAAGUUCGAUUUUUUUU